GACAUGCGCUCUCGCUCACUUCCUCCUCAGCUCGUCUCCUCGCUCUGUCUCCUCGCUCUGGUCUCUGUUGAUAGCGGCUCUUUCCUUCUACACGUGUAACAUCUUCUAUGUGAAGCUCUCUCUCGCUGGGACCCGUUUACAAAGCUCGUCCUGCUCCGUCAGACAGGUGUAAAGCCAUAGUAACCGACCACCAUGGGGGCUUAUCUGUCGCAACCCAACACGGCCAAGACCUCUUCCGAUGGCGGCAACAGCAACAUGAGCUACGGCUUCUCUGCCAUGCAGGGCUGGCGCGUCUCCAUGGAGGAUGCUCACAAUUGUAUCCCAGAGUUUGAUGACGAGACAGCCAUGUUUUCUGUGUAUGACGGACAUGGAGGUGAAGAGGUGGCUCUGUACUGUUCAAAGUACCUUCCUGACAUCAUCAAGGAGCAGAAGACCUACAAAGACGGCAAACUGCAAAAGGCUCUGGAGGAUGCCUUCUUGGCAAUUGACAGCAGAAUGACCACAGAGGAGGUGAUUAAGGAGCUGGUCCUGAUUGCUGGACGGCCCACCGAGGAGCCACCUGUUGCAAAGGUGGCAGAGGAGGACGAUUUGGACACAGAGGAGGCAGCUUUACUCCACGAGGAAGCCACAAUGACCAUAGAGGAGCUGCUGGUACGCUACGGCCAGAACCUCAAUGCUGUCAAGCACGCAGCCGCCAUCAGUGCGGCUGCUAAGAAGGCAGCCUGCUCGAAACCUGAGGCCUCAGAAGAAAAAGGGGAAGGUGGGAAAGGACUGAAGGAGGGCGUAAAUGGAGAGUUGGAGGAGAGCAAUGGGAAGGCAAAGAAAGGAGAAGGAGCGGCAUCUGGGUCUAAACUGCGAGCCUGUCGGCGAACAGCAGGUGAAGGCAGUGGUGCAGCAGCUGACUGUGGAGAGUCAGGAAGCUCCAAUGGAGAAGAAAAGGCUGGUAAGGCAGAGGGAGACGCAGGUCCGUCCUGCUCCUCUCUGUCCUCCAAGACUGCAGGAGAUUCCAAGUCCAGGUUUUUUGACGACAGUGAGGAAUCUGAGGAGGGAGAGGAGGAGGAGGGCAGUGAUGAAGAGGAUGGUAGCGAAGAGGAAGAGGGUGAUAGCAGUGAGAUGGAAGAAGAGGAGGAUACAGAGGAAGGAGAGGAAGACUCUGAGGAUGAAGAAGAAGAAGAGGAGGAAAUGUGCCUUCCUGGAAUGGACGGCAAGGAGGAGCCUGGCUCAGACAGCGGCACCACAGCUGUUGUGGCUCUGAUUCGAGGAAAACAGCUGAUCGUGGCCAAUGCUGGAGACUCUCGCUGCGUGGUGUCUGAGCGUGGCAAAGCUGUCGACAUGUCGUAUGACCACAAGCCAGAGGACGAGGUGGAACUGGCUCGCAUUAAAAACGCUGGAGGGAAAGUGACCAUGGAUGGACGGGUCAAUGGUGGAUUGAACCUCUCCAGAGCUAUCGGUGACCACUUUUAUAAGAGGAACAAGGCUCUGCCUCCAGAGGAGCAGAUGAUCUCUUCGAUGCCAGACGUCAAAGUUCUGACUCUUAACGGGGACCACGACUUCAUGGUCAUUGCCUGCGACGGCAUCUGGAAUGUGUUGAGCAGUCAGGAGGUGGUGGACUUCAUCAGUGAGAGGAUCAAACCAGACCAGAGUGGCAAAGUCAAAGCCCUCUCAUCCAUAGUGGAAGAGCUGUUGGACCACUGUUUGGCCCCCGACACAUCUGGAGACGGGACAGGCUGCGACAACAUGACCUGCAUCAUCAUCACCCUCCGGGCACACCCGUCCCCUGCUCAGUCAGACGACAAGAAGAAGAGGAAGCACGGGGAGGAGGAGAAGGCAGGAGCAGCCGAGCCGGAGAAGAACGGAAACGACAGCAAAAAAGCUAAAAGCGACUAAAGGCAAAGAGAAACUGUCCACGAGGGAGCAGAAGGUCCCAGGCUACCGCAGUUACACCAGAGACACAUUCUGUUCAAAAUGUAAUCCUUACCUUCACAAACAUCAAUUCACCCUGAAACAGAAAUUACAAUUGCUAUACGUAUGCUCAAAGAUCGGCUGAACUUAAGACAUCAGUAUAGUUUUUGUCCUUUGUUUUAGGCCGAUUCUCACUUUAACACCCCUCCAGUUGUUUCUUUUAUUUGGUCUCGCUGGAAAGAAGCUGGACACACGUUUACUUCUUCAAUUCAGAAGAGUCAGACUCGCAGGCAUGGUGAUAGCACGUCAUUUUCCAAGUAUUUCUAACUAGAAGGAAGAUGCCAGACAUGCACUGCAAUCGGUUAUUGUUAAGAUCGUUUCCCACUUGGCAGUUUGACAGUUUUGUUUAAGUGGAAGUUUGAGGAUAGCCCUCGUUAUGACCUGUGUCGUUCACAUUUUACAGUGUGACACAUGCAUUUUCAUUGCAGUUUUGCAAUAUAAAUGUGCAAGUUACUUUUCCAAUAUGAAACAGCACAAUGCUCUUGUGUUGUGCCCAAAUUACAUGGCAUUCAUUGUUUCUCAAAGUGCCAUAAAAACCAUGAAUUCCUUUUUAUAGGCACCAAAUUAACUGUACCCAGAGAAGGGACCUGAAAUGGCUGUUAGAUUUGCAUUGUGUAAAGGUAACAGUAGGAGCGAGUGAUUGAAUGAGAGGAUAUUAUUGUCUUUUGCAGCCUAAAUUGAAGCUUCAAGAUGCAGCAAGAGUGUGCGUUCACUAGGCCAGCGUGGCACUGAAUGUGUUGCUUCCCUGUUUCAGGGAGCAAGAGGGACUGAAGGAUUUAGGGUACUAGUCCAGUUGCUCUUGUUUGCCAUUUUAUAUAACCCCCCCUUUAGCACCCAUUCACAAGUGAGAAUUAUUUUUCAGUCUUGCUGGUCACAGAACAGCCCAAUCACCAACAAUACAGCACCGUCAUUUUGCCUUUUUUCCAUUCCUGCUUUGCGUCUUGUCUUGAUCAAAAUCUGUAAAUUUCCAGACGAAGAAAAGAUGCUAGGGUGUUGUGAGCUAGUGUACUUUUCAUCUGUAAGAUCUGAUAGCAGGGAAACAGGCAGAGAUGUUCGUUGCCUUUUACGUCUCUGUGUCCAUCCAGAGACAGACCGGCCCUCCACACACAGCUCGUCUCCAGGACUCUACCUUCCUCAACCCCAUUUACUCUGCCUGUCUGUCCCGUUUCUAUUAUAACACAUUUUUAAGACCAUCUCUAGGACAUGUGUUUUAAGUAAAAAGUAUUUCCACUCAAAUGUUUAUUAUUACGUAUAAUUUCGUUCUUGAUGAAUCAGUUAUUUUUUUUUUUUAUCAAAACAUUUUUGUGAGCACACUCUGAAAACGCCCUGACGCUGGUCUGUGGAGAGGAUGCACAAAGUUACUUUUUGAGUGGAAAUACAAUUUGAAGUUAAGAGCACCGAGACAGUAAAGCUGUUCAGAAUAUUUGUUUUGUCUUUAUUUGCAGAAGCCUCAUUUAAACCACAUUGUGUGACUGUAAGUUUGUUUCUAGUGUACUAUCUUGUCACCAUGCCCUUUUUUCUGUAUAUAGUUUUUCAAUACUUGUAAUUGAAGAAAAAGAAAAUUUCUUUUUCUUUGUAAUUGUGAGUCAAUGUGACAUUUUUGGUGCUUACUCUUUUGACACCAGUAUGUAAGUACAUACAAAUACAUUUUUUUAAAUAAUGA